AUGCGCUUGCUAAACAAAAACAAAAAAAUACAUAAAGAUAUAUCAUAAAUUUAAGAAACUUGAAAUAAUAAAAUCAAUCAAUUAAUUAAAUAAAUAACACUUGUAAUAAUAAUAAAUCAUUUGAAAAAAAAAUUUUUUUUUUUUUUUUUGAAUAAAAAUUGAGUAUGAAUAAUACUUUUUUUUUGGAUAAAUAUAAGGGAAUGAGAAGUUGACGAGAGAAUGACAGUGAGUAGGGUGGAUCAUUGUACACAAAGAGAGAAAUAUAAAUAAUAAUAAUAAUAAAUGGGAUGAGAUGAGAGAGAGAAAAAGAAAAAAAAAAAAAAAAAAGGAAUCCCGGGACAAACGACGCUAACUAUUGCCACCUCCAACUUUAUCGGUUAAAUUCGUAUUUAAUCGUGUAUCAUCGGUAAACAUCGUCAUAAAAAUUCUCAAUUCUCAUUCGUUCAUUUCUAUAACACGCUUUCGAGCACUUUCGAGUUUCGGGUGUCUCCUGUCUCUCGCCAGUUGCUUGAGCGUUACCAAGCUAAGUAGUGCAUACUAUUUUGUCUUUUUUUUUUGUGUAUAAAAAAAAAUUUAUUUAUUAUUUUUAUUAAAAUCAUUUAAUGAUUAUUUAAUAUUAUUAACUUGUUUUGUGCACUGUGAAAAUACGAAUUUUUUUUUUUUUUUUCUUUUUAAUCAGUGUAUUAUUUAAUAUUUAUUUAAAAAUUAAUUAAUUUGGAGUCAAUCGUGCAUUGAAAAAUUAUUAAUUUUUGUUUUUUUUUUUUCUUUUUUGUUUUUUUUUUUGGUGGUUGAUUGUGAAUUAAAUUUUUUUUUUGGGUGGACAUUUUAACCCGAGGAUUUUUAAACCGGCAUUAACGCCAAUUUGAAUAACCAGAUUAAUUUCUAGAUUUUAAAAUAUUGUGUGUUAAAUAUUUUGAUUUAUCAAAAUGGGAGCACGUCACAGCAGAAAAUCAAUGGACGUGACGACGACACCAAAAAAAGAUGGUGUUACUGUUGAAGGUGGUGAUGCAUCAGUUGUUGGUGAUGGUAAACUUGAAAGAAUUGAAGAAGCUGAUGUUAAACCAACAACCAAUGGUACUGCAUCACACAAUGAAACAACUGAUGACAAGGAUGUUAUCAAUGAUAAAGAUACAGUUACUGAAAAAGAAAAGGAUAAAGAUACUGUUGUUGAAAAAGAUGAUACUGAAAAAAAGGAGGAAGCUGAAGUUAAAGUAGAAGAGACAAAAUCAGAAGCACCAGUUGAAACAACAGCUGAAAGUACUGAAUCAGUAACAACACCAACUGAAGAAACACCAGCAAGUCCAACAACUGCAACUUCACCAGACUCAAAAGAGUCCAAAAAAAAGGACAAGCCAAAAAAAUGGUUUAGAUCGAUAAGUUUUGGCAAAAAAGACAAGAGUAAGCCAGUUCGUGAUGAAGCUGCCAAAAAUGGAGAUGUUACAAAAGAAGAAACUCUUGCUGAGGGUAGUGAAGAAGCUGAAAAUGCAGCAACAAGCCCAUCCGAAGACAAGUCAAUUGUAGCAAGUCCAACGGAAACUGAAGCUGCUGCUGUUGUUGCUGCUGAUGCACCAGCAACAGUUGAUGAAACGAAGGAAGCUGAAAAAUCAUCAAUUGUGGAAAAGAAUGAGACACCCUCAUCCCCCACUGACCCAACUCCUGUCCCUAGCGAGGAAACAAAAGAUGGAGACAAUGAAAAAAUCGAGAAUAAAAUCGAGGUCAGUCUUGUCGAGACAGAAAUAUUAAUGCCAUCAAAAACAAAGCCAAUCAUAACAACAUCUGUCAUAUCGAGGAAAACCAGUGAGGAAUUUCCAUCCCAAUUACCAUCAAGUCCACCACCAACUCCCAUUGAUCCAUCACCCCUCCAACAGGCCCAACAAACACCAGCAAAUGCAACGGCACUUGCCGAAGCAUUAAAAUUACCAGCAGAAACAAUUAAAUCAACAAAUGUUGUUGAUAAUAAUAUUAUAAAAAUUAAUGAUGAAUCAGUUAAGAUUAAUGAUAUUAUUAUACAAAGUGAAGAAGGACCAGUACCAGUUACACCUGAAAAUAUUGAAACAACAACAACACCAACACCAACAACAACAACAGCUCCAAUUGUAAUAAGUAAUGAGCAACAACAAGAUGAUAUUAAAAAUGAUAAUAUGCCAAUUGAUGUUGAAGAAAAAGUUUUAAAUAUCAUCAAUGUUGAUGAAGAUAUUAAAGUAGAAGAAAAAUUAAAUAAUCAAGUUGUUGAAGAAAAAAUAAUUGAAAUUAAUACAACAACAUUGUUAGAUACACCAAUAAUUGAUGAUAAAAAAAUGAAUAUUAUAGAAGAAAAUAAUGAUACAACAGUGAUAAAUAAUACUGUUAUUAUUAAUGAUGAUAAUAUUAUUGAAAAAAAUGUUGAAAUUUUAGAAUCACCAAAAGCACCAUCAACAUUGUCAUUUGAAGAAAUUGAAACAACAAAAUCUGAUGCAACUGAUGAAAUACCACCACCAUUACCUGAAUCACCAAUUCCAUUACCAAAAGCAAAUAAUGAUUUAUUAAAUUUUAUGUCAACUCAAAUUGCUGAUGUACCAAUUGUAUCAAAUGAAAUAAUUAUUAUUAAAGAUAAUAAUAAAAAUAAUAAAAUUGAUAUUGAUGAAAUUAAAAAUGAUGUUAUCAUAACAAAUGGUAAAGAUAAUAUUGAAAUAAUUUCACCACCAUCAUUUGAACAACAACAACAACAACAAAAAAAACAAGAAGAUGAUGAUGACGAAGAAAAAGAAGAAAAAAAAGAUAAUCAAAAAGAAAUAAUUGAUGAUACAGAUGAUCUUGAAAAUUUACCACCACCACCAGAAGAACAAAUAUCAAAUAAUCAAGCUGAUUCUAUUUUAACACCUCCUAGAAGUCCCAGUCCAACUGAUUUUCCUCCACCAAUUAUCGUUGAUAACUCAUUUACCAUUCAAAAUGGUAAUGAAAAUCAUAAAUUAAAUGACGAUGAUAUUAUUUCGGAGGAUUUACAUGUUGAGAUGAAACACAACGGGGAUAUCAUCAACAUCGAUCAAUGUCCAUUAACCAUCCUGAAGAAUGACCAGAAUACAAUUGAACCAGAAGCAGUUGUUGAAAAAACCAAGGAGAUCACUAAAGAAAUUGUUGAAGAAGCACCAAAAGUUUCAACUCCAACUGUCUUAGUUGAAGCUCCAGUUUCAUCUGUACCUGCUGGUCCAGUUAUCACCGAAGAUGUUGCCUCAGUUACCCAGGCUAUUGAGGAAAUUGACAUCAAUGAGAAAGCAGUUGCAGCAGCAGUAAACGAAAACAUCGAAGCUGUUAAGACAAACGAAAUUAUUGCUGAUAAAAAUCAUCAAAACACCCUCAAGGAAUAAAGUGCGUCACUAAUCGAAUUUUGUAUUUUGGGAAGAAGAAACAUUUUUUUCUCGUUAAAACCAAAAAAAAAAAAAAAAGAAAAAAAAAAGUAUAUUAUAUAGAUAUGUAUAUUUGGACCAUUCCUACAAAAACUGAAAAUAUUGUUCUUUCAUUAAUAACAGCAAAAUAAUAAGAAAAAAAAAAAAAAAUUGUUUUUUUUUUUUAAUUAUUAUUCUUUUUUUUUUUUUUUUUUCUUCUUUUUUUUUUUUCAAAUGGAAAAACGAUGAUGACUGCUUAAAUUUAACAACGUAUAAAAAGUAAAACAGCAAUUUUUAUAAUUCAUAAGAUUAUUAAUUGAUGAAUAUAAAUAAAUAAACCGGUAAAUUUGAUUGGCAAAUAAAUAAUGUCAAUCAAAUUGAGUGAGAGCAUUAAAAAAAAAAAAUUUCCAUUAAAAAAAAGUAAAUAAAUAUAAAUAAAAAGUAAUUAAUAAUAAAUAAAUAAAUAAAAAGUAGGCCUGAUACAUUCAAAUGACAGGGUGGCGGAUUUUGGUUUUUUUUUUUCAAAAUAAACAAACAGCGAUUAAAAAAAAAAAAGAAAAAAAAAAAAAAACAAAUGAAUUUAACAAAUACUUGUAAUGAUUAUUUUUAAUUUUUUAAAUUUCCUAAGCAUUAUUUUUUAGCUAUUUAAUGCAUAAAAAAAAGAAUUUUGAUUAAUUGAUAAUAAAUUUCUGAUAAUAAACAUUUGAUUAAUAAUUAUAUAAGUUUUUACGUAAAUAAAUAAAUAAAUUCAAUGAUCUCCUUUUUUAAUUUGUCAUUAUUAUUUUUCAAAAAAACAAAUUAUGUAAAAAUAAAUAUAUAUAUAUUUUUUUUUUUUUCUUAAUUUUUCAAGUGUCAUUUAUUGUUAUUAGAAUUUUAUUUCAAAUACUAACUAAGAAAUUAAAAUAAAGCAGUAAAAUCUGCAAUGAAUAGGAAACGAAAAACUAAAAAUUUUAUUUGUACAUGUGAUUUUAACGAUGAAAAACAAUUAAUUAAAUAAAUAAAUACUCAAAGUAAACCCAAAAGUAAAUACAAAAAGAUUUAAACAAAAAAAAAAAUAACAAAUAUUAAUUUAAAUAAAAAAAAAUACAAUUUACGAGAGGAUUUGAUCUGACUGAUUGAAGGGCGUCAAUGAUUGUGAGCAAGUCAAAUUUUGAAUGAAUGAUUUGAAUUUUAGAAUGGAAUAAAAAGGGUAACGCGUCAAACGAAUUAAAUAUUUUUUUUUUCUUAUUUUUUUUUUUUUUCCUUUAUCUUGAUAGAUUUUUUUUUUAAUUGUGUAUCGCGUAUCACUGCAUUCACAUCGGCAAACAGCAGUUUAAUAAAUGUAGAAAAAUGAACUACAAUUAGUCGAUAAACUCGAGUGAUAUCUGAUAUAUAAUCUAGAAAUAAAAUAAAUUAAAAUAAAUUAAAAAAUUCGUACAUGUGUAAGCUUGUCGUUUGUUCGGAAUGCAAUUUUUUUUCUCACAUUUAGUGAGAGACACAUUGUGACAAAUUUUUUUUCUUGUAAUUUUUACAAGAAAAAAAAACAGCCUAACAAGUAAAUACUUAAAGAAAAUAAUAAUUCAACAAAUAAAAAAAAAAACCACGAUUUAUAUUGAGUCCCAAAGUAAAACUACCUUUUUCAAAUUUUUCAUAAAAUAUUUCUACGUUUAUACCAAUCAUAAAAAAGUUAAUAGUAAAAAAAAAUAAAAGUUUUCUAAAAAAUUUAAUAGUAUAGAAAUUAAAAAAAUUCAAAAAAUACAUCUAAUUGUUAGUGGCAAGAAUAAAUUCAGUCGAAAUUGAUAUUUGACUGAUGAAAAAAAACUAAAUAAGCAUUGAAUAAUUUAAAUGAAAAGUUAAGAUCGCGACUAAAAAGUAAAAAAAUUAAAAAAAAAAGUAAAAAAAAAAAAGAUUGAAAAUUGUAUAGUUAAAAAAAAAAAGAUAAAAACUUUAAUCGUAUGGAGUUUAAUUAAAAUAAUUGUCCGUUAAGAUAAUUACAACGAAGAAUUAAAAUGAGAAAGAAAAAAAAAAGUAAAUAAAUAAUAAUAAAUAAUUAAAUAAACAAUGCGGGCCGUUUACUCGAUAAUUUAAUAUUUCAAUACGAGAUGAACGAUUUUUAUUAUUAUUAUAUUUUUUUUAAUUUAAAAAUUUAAUUUUUUUUAAUAGAUCUGAUUGUUCUGUGUACCAUCUUGAUAAUGUGAAAAUGUUGCGAGGUGUUUUAUCGUUUGCCAAACACUUACUGAUGAAAAAAAAAAAGUUUAAAUUAAAAAAAAAAACCCCGUGAAUUAUUUUUCAAUUAAAAUAAUAAAACACUGAUGAUUAUAUUACAUUUUUAAUUUUUUUUUUUUAUUUUGUUAUUUUAUAAUAAUAUAUUGUGGUGACUUUAAAAUACCUCGCUCAUUCAGUGUACCAGUCAUCAGUAUCUUGGAUCAGCAG